CGCUGCCUCUCCGGCAGAAACGGAAGUCUGGCCGGCGGAAGUCGGCUGCUCAUCCAGGGGAACGACGUGUGCUCGGCAGCGGUCCUGUCAGACACAGCUGAGGAGAAGCAGCGUCCAAGGCCGUCAUCGACCGGACCUGCAGAGCCAGCGCGUCCUGCCAGAAAGGUAAACUCCGCUCUGCUGCCAUGGAGACUUCAGGUGCGCUCACGACGCUGCUCUUUCUGCUGUUACGUCACACGGCUGCCGACAGCAGCAUCCAGACGAACAUCAGCAGCGUUCAGACGAACACCAGCAGCAACCAGGUGGAUCUAGGCAGGAUGCUGCAGCCGCAGGCUGACCGGGUCAUGGCUAGAGAGGAGUGGGAGGAACGUUGGCGGGAGCAAAAGAUCGGCUUCCAUCAGCCAGACGUUCACAAGAUGCUGAAGAAGUACUUGGAUAAAGUUGUGAGGGGACGCUCCGCGGUGCGCUUCUUCUUUCCUCUCUGCGGGAAGGCCGUGGACAUGAAGUGGUUGGCUGACCAGGGUCACCCGGUGGUCGGGGUGGAGUACUCGGAGAAGGCCUGCCGUCAGUUCUUUGAGGAGAACAACCUAACGUACAGUGAGGAGCCUGUGGCUGCCAUACCUGGAGCCAAGCUCUACAAGAACUCUGAGAAGAACAUUUCUCUGUAUCAGUGCAACCUGUACGACUUCUCCAGCUCUGUGGAGGGAGAGUUUGGAGCAAUAUGGGACCGAGGAUCUUUGGUGGCCAUCAACCCAAAGGACAGAGAGAAGUACGCUGCUCUCAUCAUGUCUCUGAUGGCCGGAGACUGCAGGUACCUGCUGGACACGCUCCUGUACAACCCAGAGCAGUAUCCAGGUCCUCCGUUCUUGGUUCCGGAUGAACAAGUCCAGAGCCUGUUUGGGGGCAGCUGUGACCUGGAGCUGCUGGAGUCUGAGGAUGCUUUUACUGAUCGACACAGGGGCUGGGGACUGGACUACCUCACCGAGAAGGUGCACCUCCUGACUCUAAAGAGCAGCUAAACAGGAAGCUGAAAGUCAAGGGAGCAGGGGAGCGCUCUGAAUCUCCACAAGCAGAUGUCCAACAAUAAAACAAGGACUGGUUCUUAAAGCUCCUGUAAGGAUGUCUUCUCUUCCUACAAAGGUUUUCAAG